CUGGUCAAAAUGCAAUAACACGCCGACAAUUACGAAUUGCAAGACAAAAUGAGCGCGGGAAAACGAGGAGCCUUGAUAAUAUUCGAAGGAUGCGAUCGCAGUGGCAAGACCACCCAAAGCCGCCUGCUGCUUGAACUGCUAAAAUCAAAGGACAUUCCCGUUUUGCCCAUGAACUUCCCGGAACGCAGCUCCAGCAUUGGCCAGGUGAUAAACUCCUAUUUGACCAACAGCAAGGAUCUGCCCGAUGAGGUUAUCCACCUCAUGUUCUCCGCCAAUCGCUGGGAGCACAUGAACCAGGUGCGGCAAAGGUUGCUGGAGGGAAAAACCCUAAUUGUGGAUCGAUAUUCCUACUCCGGAGUGGCCUACAGUGCGGCCAAGGGAUUGGACUUCGACUGGUGCUAUGCUCCGGAAAGGGGCCUCAUAAAACCAGAUGCAGUUUUCUACCUAAAAGCCUCCGCCGAUGACCUCACAAAUCGCGAGCAAUACGGUGAAGAGCGUUACGAAAAGGUGGAGUUCCAGGGACGAGUGGCCCAGGUAUUCGAUCGCAUCUGCUCCAAGGAGGGCAGCUAUUGGCACCAGUUCGAUGCCAGCCAGCCAGCCAAGGAUUUGCAUGCCCAGAUAGCGAGUAUAGCGGAGGCCAUCCUGGAAAAGGUAGCCAACCAGCCCCUGGACAAGUUAUCAUAGCCCAGGUCCGUGUAUCGCCAUUCAUUAGAGGGGAUUUACCUUGAUUUAUGCAAUACACGAGUGUUUGUUAUAAAUGUUUUUAAAUGGCGCUUAACUUUUAAUUUACGAUAAGGCCGCAGGCAAUAAAUCCAAGGACGUCGUUAGGUGUUGAGCGAAAUGCAUUUACAGCACAG